AGGUGCAAGCAUCAUAAAAUGCGACGCAAAAUGGAUCAUCACGGUGCUGAGCUUAAGCAGUAGGGUUUCGCUAAAAUGGUAGGUGAGCAUAAUUUUAGUAAGGCUAUCUUAAAAAAAAAAAAUAAAUAAAAUGAUAACGCUUUUGCUACAUCGCUUCAAAACGAGGGCACAAUUUCGAUUUAGCAUUUUCUCAGAAUUAUAUUUGCUUAUUUAGAAGUAGCUCCUGUGUGUUUAUGAAAACGCGGCAAUUCGGCUAAUACCAUAAGGCCCCUAUUUUGAGGAAGCACUUCAAAUUAGCUAUACAUAAAAAGUAAGGAAAUAUAUAUUAUAUAUAUAUAUGUACGAACGAACGAGCGCGUAAAUCAUUUGCACGCGAACGUAGAGAAUACACGUAGGUAUUAAGAACGGCUAGUCGGCACCCCCCUUUUGCAAUAAUUACAACCAACUGAUCAAAAAUGAAGAACUUUGCAUUUCCCAUAUUAAACAUUUCGAGCCUAUUUAUUCUGUACUUGAGUUCGCAAAGCGGGCUGUACAACUGCAUGAACACAGGGAAGACAGCAAGUAGUGCGAAGCGUAGUAACGAAAAUUCCGGUGUUAAUGAUAAUAGCCUCUCGACUGAAUGGAGCGAAAAGGGUUACAAUUUUAUGGACUUAGUAAAAAAUGGCUACUUAAAAAAUGAGGGAGAUUUAGAUGAAGUGAAGGAUUACCUAGCGGAUGAGUUGGCUAGCAAAAUAAAGGACAAAUUAAGUGACUUUUUAAAAGACGAAAAGAUUUUUUACGAUUUAGAAAACAUGGACGAUCAAGAUAAAAAGGAUUUAAAAAAUUACUUGAAGGACAUGUCUGAAUAUAUUGGCUUGAAGGCUGCCGAUAUAUUAAACAGCAAUAUAGAGGAAUCCCUUAAACCCCUUUUGUCCAACAGUUCCUUCGCCAGUUUAAAGGAAGCCAUGGGGAGUACCAGCGCUGUUGACUUAAAAAUUGACGACGAGGAUGAUGAGACAAAGGAGGAAAAGGCAAAGGAGGAAAAGGCAAAGGAGGUAAAGGCGAAGAAGGCAAAGGCGAAGAAGGCAAAGGCAAAGAAGGGAGAUUCCAAAAAGGAAGAUUCCAAAAAGGAAGGUUCCAAAGAUGAAAAUGCCAAAGACGAAAAUGCCAAAGACGACAAUUCCAGUGACGGCAAUUCCAGUGAUGACAAUGCCGAUGACAUGGACGUCGAUGAAGCGACCGAAGAUUUCAUUAACGAGUUGGUGGACGUAUAUGAAGAAAACCAGCAAAAAGACUUGGAAGAGUACGCGCAAGAAAUAAAAACCCACAACAACCUAGAUUAAGGUGAACACCGGGACAGAGCAAAAGAAGGCAACCACACCGUGAAGCGAAGAGCCUUUGUUCUUUUUGCAAGUAUUUCCCAAAGGAGCAAGUGCACACAUAUUUCGUCACAGGGCAAAAAAACGGAUUAAUAAAAAAAAAAAAUUCUUUUCUUUAAUUUCAAGUUUUUCCUUUUUCCGCGUCAGUGCUCCAUUUUGGAGAAAACUUCGAUGCUUUAAAUUUUUCCACUUUUUUUUUUUUUUCAUUUACUCUUUAAAUUAAUGUGAUGCUAUUUUUCAUCAAUUUUUUACCUAUGAUUGUGAUUGUUCGACAUGAAGUUAGUACGCCAACGUUUAGCAGCC